CGCCGCCUCUCCCUCUCUCUCUCUCAUAAAACAAGCGAAGAGCACGCGACCCAGCUCAAAAGAACAGUCCAAUACAAACAGAACUUCACCAUUCCGUAGAGAGAGAGAGAGUAAAAUGUAGAGAGAGAAUUUAUCUGCUCGCUAUCUGUCAAGCUGUGUAUGCAAAAAUCAACAGCAUAUACGUACAUGUAUAAAAGUUAUAUUGGUUCUAUAUAUGUGCGCAUAUCUAUAACUCGAUACAGAGAAAUUUUCGAGUUUUUGUUAAUAUACAGCGGAUCUUGAAACCCCAACAGAGAAAUCUUCAAUAAUCUUAAAUAAAUCAUUUAAGAAAGCACUCGUUGGGUUAAAUUCGUUGCACAUUUCGCCGAAGAUUCUCGCGAUUUCAGUUCGCAUUCAAAUUUCGGUUUGUUGCAUUCGAAGGAGUUGGUGAAAUUAGUUAAUUAAGAGUAUUGAGAGUUUUUCUUUGGUUAGGAUUGGAAUUUUCGGGAAAUUGAUUGACUGAAAAAAGAGUAAUAAUAGAGGAAUGGAUGAUAGAGGAGGAGGAUCGUUUGUGGCGGUGAGGCGAAUUUCGCAAGGUCUUGAUCGAGGGAACAAUUGCCAUUCUACUUCCGCGGAGGUUGUGGCAGGAUCAGCAGCGUGGCUAGGCAGAAGCCUUUCAUGUGUUUGUGCUCAAAGAUGUGAGAGUGAUGCUCACCCAUCAUUUGAUUUGACCAUUUUGCAGGAGGAAUGCCUACAGAGGCUACAGAAUCGAAUAGAUGUUAACUAUGACAGUUCUCUUCAUGAACAUCAGGAAGCUCUUAGGGCACUGUGGAAUGCAGCCUUUCCCGAGGACGAACUCCAAGGUUUAAUAUCUGAGCAGUGGAAGGAAAUGGGUUGGCAGGGAAAGGAUCCAUCUACAGACUUCCGGGGCGGUGGUUUCAUAUCUCUAGAAAAUUUAUUAUACUUCGCAAGAAAUUUCCCAAAAUCUUUUCAGGAGCUUCUUCGAAAGCAGCAAGGUGAUCGGGCAUUGUGGGAAUACCCAUUUGCUGUGGCUGGUGUCAACAUCACAUUUAUGCUUAUUCAGAUGCUUGAUCUUGAAGCAGUGAAGCCUCGAACGUCGGUAGGAGCUAUCUUCUUGAAGUUUCUUGCAGAGAAUGAAUCAGCAUUUGACCUUCUAUAUUGCAUCGCAUUCAAUCUAAUGGACCAUCAGUGGCUAGCCAUGCAUGCUUCUUACAUGGACUUCAAUACUGUGAUGAAAGCUACUCGUCAUCAACUGGAAACGGAGCUUCUGCAAGAAGACAUUACACGCCUUGAAGACUUGCCCUCAUAUAGCCUCCUUAGUCAAUAGUAUGACAGCAGUAACAUUUUUGGAAGACAAAUUGCCUUUUUAUGAUAGAUUUGUGAUCUAAUGGCAGCUUCUCAAGUUCUGUUGUGAGUCUUACUCUUUUUAGUGCUUUAACUAGAUUGCUUCGGGGCUCUCCGAUGUUAGAUUUGUAGGCCAUUGGUCUUUCUUGCGAGUGUGGAUGAAAUCGAACAAAGUAAUUUGAAUCGCUAUAUCGUGAUUGCUUCAACUACAGGAUAUGGCGAAAAAACCAAGUAAUUUGAAAUUGUUCUUGCUAAGCAAAAUAUUUUUU